UCUUUGCGUCAGCAGCGGACGGCCGCUGCUGUACCGCGAACUCACCCUGCUAAAAGAGAGGACGUUGAGGACGCGGCGGCUGGCGGGAGAGACAGCUGGAAGAGACAUGGCAGGUUCCGCGCGCGGCCUGCGCUGCUGUCACUCAGCAUCCCCCUGAGGCGUUUCUACGCCCGCCCCCUCCCCGAGGGGCGGGGCUGACCACUGUGGUACCCAGAGCCCGCGCGCGGGUGGCAGAGGUGUGCCCCUGCAGAGUGGGGACCCCACCCGGCUGUGCCAUGCCGGCCAGAGGCCGCGGAGGCGGGGGACGGAGCGCAACCAAGCGCCAGUGAGUGAUCACCGAGCAGCAGCCACUUCAGGGAAGCUCGGCAACCGCUAGGAGGGAAGAUGAAGGAGAUUUGCAGGAUCUGUGCCCGGGAGCUGUGUGGAAACCAGCGGCGCUGGAUUUUCCACACGGCAUCCAAGCUCAACCUCCAGGUUCUGCUUUCGCACGUCCUGGGCAAGGAUGUCUCCCGCGAUGGCAAAGCCGAGUUUGCUUGCAGCAAAUGUGCUUUCAUGCUCGAUCGGAUCUACAGGUUCGAUACUGUUAUUGCCCGGAUCGAAGCCCUUUCUAUUGAGCGAUUGCAGAAGCUGCUGCUGGAGAAGGACCGCCUCAAGUUCUGCAUUGCUAGCAUGUAUCGGAAGAAUAACGAUGACUCUGGCGCGGAGACCAAGGCGGGGAAUGGGACGGUUGACAUUUCCGGCUUACCUGAUGUAAGAUACUCUGCACUGCUCCAGGAAGAUUUUGCCUAUUCAGGGUUUGAGUGUUGGGUAGAAAAUGAGGAUCAGAUUCAGGAGCUACACAGCUGCCAUGCUUCGGAAGGCCCUGGAAACCGACCCAGGAGAUGCCGUGGUUGUGCAGCUUUGCGGGUUGCUGAUUCUGAUUAUGAAGCCAUUUGUAAGGUGCCUCGAAAGGUGGCCAGAAGUAUCUCGUGUGGCCCUUCUACCAGGUGGUCCACAAGUAUUUGCACUGAAGAACCAGCAUUGUCUGAGGUUGGGCCACCCGAUUUACCAAGCACGAAGGUACUCCCAGAUGGAGAAAGCAUGGAGGAAGGGACACCAGGAUCUUCUGUGGAAUCUUUGGAUGCAAGUGUCCAGGCUAGUCCUCCACAACAAAAAGAUGAGGAAACUGAGAGAAGUGCAAAGGAACUUCUAAAGUGUGACUGUUGUUCAGAUGAACAGGCUCCACAGCUUAUGUGUAACCACAAGCUGGAGCUAGCUCUUAGUGUGAUUAAAGGUCUUGAUUAUAAGCCCAUCCAGAGCCCCCGAGGGAGCAAGCUUCCUAUUCCAGUGAAAUCCAGCCCACCUGGAGCCAGGCCUGGCCAUAUCAUGACAGAUGGAGUUAGUUCCAGUUUCCUUAACAGAUCUUUGAAACCCCUUUACAAGACACCGGUAAAUUAUCCCUUGGAGCUUUCAGACCUGCAGGAGCUGUGGGAUGAUCUCUGUGAAGAUUAUUUGCCACUCCGGGUCCAGCCCAUGAACGAAGAGUUACUCAAACAACAAAAGCAGAAUUCAGAUGAGACCAUAAUAACUCAACAGUCUGUAUCUGAUUCCCACUUGGCAGAACUCCAGGAAAAAAUCCAGCAAACAGAGGCCACCAACAAGAUUCUUCAAGAGAAACUGAAUGAAAUGAGCUGUGAACUAAAGUCUGUUCAGGAGUCAUCUCAGAAGCAAGAUGGUACAAUUCAGAGCCUCAAGGAAACUCUGAAAAGCAGGGAAAGUGAGACUGAGGAGUUGUACCAGGUGAUUGAAGGUCAAAAUGACACAAUGGCAAAGCUUCGAGAAAUGCUGCACCAAAGCCAGCUUGGACAACUUCAUAGCUCAGAGGGUACUUCCCCAGCUCAGCAACAGGUGGCUCUGCUUGAUCUUCAGAGUGCCUUAUUCUGCAGCCAGCUUGAGAUACAGAAGCUCCAGAGGGUGGUACGACAAAAAGAACGCCAACUGGCUGAUGCCAAACGGUGUGUGCAGUUUGUAGAGGCUGCAGCCCAUGAGAGAGAACAGCAAAAAGAGGCUUCUUGGAAACAUAACCAGGAAUUGCGAAAAGCCUUGCAGCAGCUACAAGGAGAAUUGCAGAAUAAGAGCCAACAGCUUCAUACCCUGGAGGCUGAAAAAUACAAUGAGAUUCGAACCCAGGAGCAACACAUUCAGCACCUAAACCACAGUCUGAGUCAUAAAGAGCAGCUGCUUCAGGAAUUUCGGGAACUCCUGCAGUAUCGAGAUAACUCGGACAAAACCCUGGAAGCAAAUGAAAUGUUGCUAGAGAAACUUCGGCAGCGAAUACAAGAUAGAGAUGUUGCUCUAGAGCGGGCUAUAGAUGAAAAGUUUUCUACUCUAGAAGAAAAAGAAAAAGAGCUACGUCACCUUCAUCUUGCUGUGAGAGAGCGAGAUCAUGACUUGGAGAGAUUGCGCAGCAUCCUCUCUUCUAAUGAAGCUACCAUGCAGAGUAUGGAGAGUCUCCUGAGGGCCAAAGGCCUGGAAGUGGAACAGUUAUCUGCCACCUGUCAAAACCUCCAGUGGCUGAAAGAAGAAUUGGAAACCAAAUUUAGCCAUUGGCAGAAGGAACGAGAAAGCAUCAUUCAGCAGUUGCAGACGUCUCUGCAUGACAGGAACAAAGAAGUAGAGGAUCUUAGUGCAACAUUGCUCUGCAAACUUGGACCAGGGCAGAGUGAGAUAGCAGAGGAGCUGUGCCAGCGUCUACAGCGAAAGGAAAGGAUGCUGCAAGACCUUCUAAGUGAUCGAAACAAACAAGUGGUGGAACAUGAACUGGAGAUUCAGGGCCUGCUUCAGUCUAUGAGCACCAGGGAGCAGGAGAGCCAAGCUGCUGCAGAGAAGAUGGUACAAGCCCUAAUGGAAAAAAAUUCAGAAUUACAGGCCCUGCGUCAAUAUUUAGGAGGGAGAGACUUCAUGGUGUCCCAAGCACUCACCUCUAAACAACCCGCUGAAGUUAUCUCCAUCAGCCCCCAUCUUGGAGAGCAGACAGAUCAAGGUUCAAUGCAUAUAUCCUCCAGAGAUGAUGGCACUUCAUUGACUGCCAAAGGGGAUACCAGCAUACCCAGGUCCUCAUUAGGAGACUUGGACACAGUUGCAGGGCUGGAAAAAGAACUGAGUAAUGCCAAAGAGGAACUUGAGCUUAUCGCUAAAAAAGAAAGAGAAAGUCGGAUGGAACUUUCUGCUCUACAGUCCCUGAUGGCUGUGCAAGAGGAAGAGCUGCAGGUGCAGGCUGCUGAUAUGGAGUCCCUGACCCGGAACAUGCAGAUUAAAGAAGACCUCAUAAAGGACCUUCAGAUGCAACUGGUUGAUCCUGAAGACAUACCAGCUAUGGAACGCCUGACCCAAGAAGUCUUACUUCUUCGGGAAAAAGUUGCUUCAGUAGAAUCACAGGGUCAAGAAGCUUCAGGAAACCGAAGACAACAAUUGCUGCUGAUGCUAGAAGGACUGGUAGAUGAACGGAGUCGGCUCAAUGAGGCAUUACAAGCAGAGAGACAACUCUAUAACAGUCUGGUGAAGUUCCAUGCCCAUCCAGAGAGCUCUGAGAGAGACCGAACCCUGCAGGUGGAACUGGAAGGGGUCCAGGUGUUACGCGGUCGGCUAGAAGAAGUUCUUGGAAGAAGCCUGGAGCGCUUAAGCAGGCUGGAGACCCUGGCUGCCAUUGGAGGUGCAGCUGCAGGGGACGACACUGAAGACGCGAGCACUGAGUUCACUGACAGUAUUGAGGAGGAGGCUGCACACAAUAGCCACCAGCAACUCAUCAAGGUGGCUUUGGAGAAAAGCCUGGCAGCUGUGGAGACCCAGGGCGUAUCUCUUCCUCCUUCGUCCCCGACAGGAGGGGACAGUAACAGGGAUCUUCAGGAGGAAAUGCUCCACCUAAGGGCUGAGAUGCAUCAGCACUUAGAGGAGAAGAGGAAGGCUGAGGGGGAACUGAAGGAGCUAAAGGCUCAAAUUGAGGAAGCAGGAUUCUCCUCUGUGGCCCACAUCAGGAACACCAUGCUGAGCCUUUGCCUUGAGAAUGCAGAGCUGAAAGAGCAGAUGGGAGAAGCAAUGUCUGAUGGAUGGGAGAUUGAGGAAGACAACGAGAAGGGCGAGGUGAUGGUGGAGACUGUGGUAGCCAAAGGGGGUCUGAAUGGGAAUAGCCUUCAGGCUGAGUUCAGAAAGCUCCAGGGAAAACUGAAGAAUGCCCACAACAUCAUUAACCUCCUCAAAGAACAGCUGGUGCUGAGCGGCAAGGAAGGGAAUAGUAAACUCAGUCCAGAGCUCCUUGUGCACCUGGCCAGGGAGAUCGACAGAAUGAACACAGAGCUUGUUUGUUCUCCUGGGAAGCACCAACGCCAAGAGGAGGACGUGACUAUGAGGCCCUGCCCCAGACCCCAGUGCCUUGACCUUGGGUCUGCCCUCGGAGUGAAUGCCCACCAACUGGAUAACCAACCCCAGGCCCGGGACCCUGGGCCUCAGUCAGAAUUGAGCCUCCCAGGAUCCACCAAGCACCUGCGCUCCCAGCUGGCACAAUGCAGACAGCGCUAUCAAGAUCUUCAGGAAAAGCUGCUGAUAUCAGAAGCCACUGUCUUUGCCCAGGCCAACCAGCUGGAGAAGUACAGAGUCAUGUUCAGUGAGUCCUUGGUGAAGCAGGACAGCAAGCAGGUCCAGGUGGACCUCCAGGAUCUGGGCUAUGAGACUUGUGGCCGAAGUGAGAACGAAGCUGAGCGGGAGGAGAGCCCCAGUCCCGAGUGUGAGGAGCACAACAGCAUCAGGGAAACAGUCCUAAUGGAGGGGCCGUGCUCUGAGCAGGGACAGCUGGACUCGACACUGGCCAGCCCCCCUGGGAAGAAGCCCUUGGAGAACCAGCUAGGGAAGCAGGAGGAGUUCCAGGCAUAUGGAAAGUCAGAAGACAUCUCUGUCCUACGUAAGGACAUCAAAGAUCUGAAGACCCAGCUGCAAAAUGCCAACAAGGUCAUUCAAAACCUCAAGAGCCGGGUCCGGUCCCUCUCUGUUACAAGCGAUUAUUCAUCUAGUCUGGAGAGACCCCGAAAGCUGAAGGCCGUUGGCAUCCUUGGGGGAUCUUCACCUCAUAGUGUCACUGACGAGGAUGAGGGGUGGCUGUCUGAUGGCACUGGGGCUUUCUACCCUCCAGGGCUUCAGGCUAAAAAGGAUCUGGAGAGUUUGAUCCAGAGAGUGUCCCAGCUGGAGGCCCAGCUCCCAAAAACUGGACUGGAAGGAAAGCUGGCCGAGGAGCUAAGAUCAGCCUCGUGGCCUGGGAAAUAUGAUUCCCUGAUUCAGGAUCAGGCCCGAGAACUGUCCUAUCUACGCCAGAAAAUACGAGAAGGGAGAGGUAUCUGUUAUCUUCUCAUCCAGCAUGCAAAAGAUACAGUAAAAUCUUUUGAGGACCUCCUAAGGAGCAAUGACAUUGACUACUACCUGGGGCAGAGCUUCCGGGAGCAACUCGCCCAGGGAAGCCAGCUGACAGAGAGGCUCACCAGCAAACUCAGCACCAAGGAUCAUAAAAGUGAGAAAGAUCAAGCUGGACUUGAGCCACUGGCCCUCAGGCUCAGCAGGGAGCUGCAGGAGAAGGAGAAAGUGAUUGAAGUCCUGCAGGCCAAGCUGGAUGCCCGGUCCCUUACGCCCUCCAGCACCCACGCCUUGUCUGACUCCCACCGCUCUCCCAGUAGCUCCUCCUUCCUGAGUGAUGAACUGGAAGCCUGCUCUGACAUGGAUGUAGCCAGCGAGUACACACACUAUGAAGAGAAGAAAGCUUCACCUGGUCACUCAGAUUCCAUGUACCAUUCGACUCAUUCUGCUGUACUAUCUUCUAAACCAUCAGCAACCAGUGCACCUCAGGGGGUUAAGGCCGAACCCAGCAGCAACCCCAUCAGCUUGCCAGCUCCCCAGAACCCCCCCAAGGAGGCCAGCCAGGCCAAGCCAGGCCUUCAUUUUCCCUCCAUACCCACACUGGUUAGCCUCUCCCAGGCACCACUGCCCUCAGCUCCACCCAGCUUCCUGCCUUUCAGCUCUGCUGGCCCUCCCCUCCCUGCCUGCUGUGAGACACCUGUGGUCUCCUUGGCCGAGGCUCAGCAGGAGCUGCAGAUGCUGCAGAAGCAGUUGGGAGAAAGUGUCAGCACCGUCCAUCCUCCUUCCCCAGCUAUGUUGCCAAGCAACCAUUUAGAAGCCAGCUCUUCCCACUACCUCAACUCUGCCCUGCCCCACUCUCCUCUGAGGGGCACCAUACCACUGGGCGGAAUCUUGGAGCCUGGGUACCUGGGCCGCAGUGGCCAGUGGGAUGUGAUGAGGCCUCAGAAAGGGAGCAUGUCUGGGGACCUAUCCUCAGGCUCCUCCGUGUACCAGCUUAACUCCAAACCCACAGGGGCUGACCUGCUAGAAGAGCAUCUUGGUGAAAUCCGGAACCUGCGCCAGCGCCUGGAGGAGUCCAUCUGCAUUAACGACCGCCUGCGGGAGCAGUUGGAACACCGGCUCAGCUCCGCUACCCGUGGGAGCGGAUCCACCUCUAACUUCUACAGUCCAGGCCUGGAGUCCACCCCUCAGCUCUACAAUGAGAACAGAAUUCUUAGGGAGGAAAACCGGAGCCUUCAGGCUCAGCUGAGUCAUGUUUCAAGAGAGCACUCCCAGGAAACAGAAUGCCUGAGGGAGGCUCUGCUGGCCUCUCGAUCCCGGCUUCAAGAGCUGGAAAUGGAGCUGGAGCAUCAGAAGGUGGAGAGGCAGCAGCUUUUGGAAGACUUGAAGGAGAAGCAGCAGGAGAUCUUGCAUUUCCGGGAGGAGCGACUAUCCCUCCAGGAGAAAGACUGCAGGCUGCAGCAUAAGCUGGCCCUCCUGCAGCAGCAGUGUGAAGAGAAACAGCAGCUCUUCCAGUCCCUCCAGUCGGAGCUACAGAUCUACGAGGUGCUUUAUGGCAAUUCCAAGAAGGGGCUGAAAGGUUACACCUGGGACGCCUGUCACCAAGCCCCUCUGAGCAGUGAGUUGAGCCACCUGGUGACAGAGAUCCGAGCUUUGAGAGGGCAGCUGGAGCAGAGCAUUCAGGUGAACAAUUGUCUGCGACUGCAGCUGGAGCAGCAGUUGGAUGGUGGUGCUGGCAAAGCCAGCCUCAGCCCCUCGUCCGUUAACCAGAAGUUCCCAGAACUUCCACUGACCCUGGAAACAAACAGCUGCUCUUCCCAAGAUUCAGUUGCCUCCCCUCCAGUUCGGGAUGUCGGCAUGAAUUCUCCAGCUCUGGUCUUCCCCAGCUCUUCUUCCGCUGCUCCUGGCUCAGCGCCCACCGUCUUCAAUAGGACAAAUGAGCUGGGUUUGGAUGCUUCUCCAGUAAUGAAGGACCCUCCCAAGCUGGAGGGCGAUGCUACUGAUGGCUCCUUUGCCAAUAAGCAUGGCCGCCAUGUCAUUGGCCACGUUGAUGACUAUAGUGCCCUGAGACAGCAGAUUGGGGAGGGCAAACUGCUGGUCAAAAGGAUAGCAUCUCUCGUGAGAUCAGCCUGCGACUUCUCUGGCCUCGAAGCUCAAGGCGCAGAGGUGCUGGGCAGCGAGGGCAUCCGUGAGCUUCGGAGCAGCGCCAGCACCCUGCAGCACACGUUGGAGGAGUCGGCAUCCCUCCUCACCAUGUUCUGGCGAGCGGCCUUGCCAAGCUCCCAGGGCCCUGCACUGCCUGGUAAAGCGGGAGAGUCUAUGAAAAGGGAACUUCUGGAACUGAGAACCAAGCUAUCCAAACAGGAGAGUCUCCUUCAGAGUACAGCUGAGCGUCUGAAGACCGCCAACCAGCAGAAGGAGAACAUGGAGCAGUUCAUCUUCAGCCAGUUGACCAGGACACAUGAUGUUUUGAAGAAGGCAAGGACUAAUUUGGAGAAGAACACUUACAAGAUUGCCUCUGUAAAGCCUUAUUCCUGUCCCAGCAAAGGUGAAAUCCCUAAGGGGUCUGCCGUGCACUCCCGUCUUGUGACCCUUGCCUUCCAGGAGCCACGCAGGGGGCGAAGCCACCAGAGGUCGUUGAAGCAGCAGGAAGGAUGGGCCUGCCCCCCUUUUGCACAGCUACCUAUCUGCUGAAGAGACCUGGGCCCCACUCCUCACACCCUGCUGGAGAGUCUAGAAGAAGGUGUCAGAGGCCUGGUGGGACCGGGCGAAGGCAAAGAGCCUUUCCUGCAGUCAUGGAAUACCAUCAGCCCAGGGUCGCUUGUCCCACCACUAAGCAAAACACGCGUAGUUUUUAGAGGACCUUGUGACGCUGCUUCUCAACACCCAGUGGCAGGGGAACCAACAACAGCACAUUUCUCACCUCAGCACCUGUCCUCAGAGGGUCAACUCAGGGGAAAUAGGACCUGCUUCCUAAGACGGGGGCGUGUGGUCCCAGUGCUGGAGCUCCUCGGCAGUUCUAAAAGCACACGACUGAGUGGCAGUACCCUGCUGGACAGUGGGACUCAGGCAGCACUGCCCACAGAUCCACACCGGACCCAGGGCCAGCUCAGCUGGGUCACUGUCAGGGUGGGCGUCAGUCUACACUACAGCACCUGAGUUCUUUGAAUCCACAUGGUAAAAGCGGUGACUUCCCAGACGCCAUCUCCUGCUUAGCCUGGCACCUCCUAUUUCUAUUCUCUUUCGAUCUCCAAAGUGUGCUGACCUCACUCUAAAUAUGCUGUCCUGCUUUAUCUGCCCAGCUUCUCUCUGGGGAAUUGAGACUAAGGGCCAAAUCAAGCCCAUUGAAGGUCUUGUGUAAAGCAAACCAGUGAUCAUUUUUAAGUGGCAUGUGAGAGGUCCCCGGUUGUGCUAAAGCCUAGUCUGUCUUCACAGUGCUUUAGAAGGUGUGUAUGUGUGUAUAAAUGUAUGAUAUAUAUUUAUAUAUGUGGCUAUAGCAAUAUGUUGGCUGACAUAACUGGUGGACAGGGUUAGUGAGAGUAAAUGAAACUGUCUGUUUGGUGGCUAUUAAAGCAAAUGUGUAUAAAGAAAUAAAAAG